CACAAAGUACACACACACAAAUUAUACAUGGAUCAAGGAGGUCGGAGCGGUGGUGGAGGAGGAGCCGAGCAAGGGAAGUUCCGGGGAGUAAGGAGACGGCCUUGGGGAAAAUAUGCAGCGGAAAUAAGAGAUUCGAGAAAGCAUGGCGAGCGUGUGUGGCUAGGGACGUUUGACACCGCGGAAGACGCGGCUCGAGCCUAUGACCGAGCCGCCUAUUCAAUGAGAGGCAAAGCCGCAAUUCUCAACUUCCCUCAUGAGUACAACAUGGGAAGCGGAUCCUCCUCUAACUCUGCAGCCACUGCGGCAAACCCUUCCUCGUCGAGGCAAGUUUUUGAGUUUGAGUACUUGGACGAUAGUGUUUUGGAGGAACUUCUUGAAUAUGGAGAGAACUACAACAAGAAUAACGUUAACAUGGGUAAGAGGCAAUAAAGGGAAUGCAGUCGUAAUACGUUGAAAGUUACGUGACAGACAUUCCCAUUCAUAACAAAAACAAUCAAUCCCAAUCAUACAAGAAGCUGUAUUAUCACAAAAGUAUUAUUAUUGGCAAAUAAACUGUAAUGUCAAUCGAUUUCUACAACGAAUAAGAUUCUUUA